GGUCUAAAAGUAACAAGUCUUUCAUAUAACUCCUAUUUCCACUAAAUUUGGACGAAAUGGAAACCCCCAAAUGCACAUGGAACGAGGAGGAUGAUAAAACUCUUCUUGAACUCGCCCAAAUGUUCAAUUUUCAUUGGGUCAAAGUUGCUGAGAACUUUCCUGGACGGAAUCGUCAACAAUGCUAUGACAGAUGGAGACAUAUUGAUCCAAGUUACGAUAAAGGGCCUUGGACCGAACCAGAAGAUGGCCAAAUAAUUGAUUGGAUGUUCUCCCUCGUAAAUCAACAAAUCCAUCAUGUCCUCGACAAACUUGUGAGCAGGCGAAGAUAUGAAAUACUAAAAAGAGUUAAUCGCUACAAGAAGACACUGCUUGAGACCUUGCACCCGAAGAAAGUUAAAGUAAAAACAAAGCCUAAAGCAAGGCCAAGAAGGUCGGCUAGGAAUUCAAAGAAGCGAGUUGUAAAACACGAAAUCAAACAAGACGAGGAACACACCCAAAGUUUUUCGCAACCUACUGAUCCUGACUCAGCUGAAGAGCGAGGAAAAAUAGACCCAGACCAGAAAAUCAAUGAAGACGGAUGGACAAUUCGGGAGACAAACCAGCUCUUCGAAGUUGUACUUAGGUGAGGAAAGAAAUGGAAGACUUGCGCAAAGAUCCUCCCUUCUAAAAAUCCAAUUCAAUGUAAGAACCAUUUCACAACUGUACUCAAAAGUGCUUUAAAUGUCUUGAGGUCAUCACUAUUGACAAAUUCUUCUAAACUAGGCAUUAACCUAGCCCAAGAUGAGAUAGAUAAGCUCCUUGAAAUAGAUAUAGACACUUGUGAUUCAAGCGAUUUCGACUUUUUCAUCCCAGUGGCACAACACUUCCUCAACAACGUUCCUCUCGAGACACUAGAGAUAGCACUCCCAGAAGAGCCUAUAAAGGCAGAGCCAGAAGAUACUCCUAAAGCCCAAGGCUCACAAAACUUCAAAUGGAAACAACUUAACCGGAGCCCUUCUAAUUCAGACUCUGAAUCAACUGACCAAGAUGCUAUCGAAAUUAUCGAAAAGAAGGCAAAAUUAUUAGUAAACUAAAGCCU